AUGUCGAAAUUGGUCAUAUCAACGUCAAUAUUUCAGUCUCAAGUAGCAGAUUUACUCCCAUGUAACAAUCAUCAAAAAUCGCAGCUGACAUAUUCCCUAAUAAACGCGUACGAUCUUCUCCAGCACUUUGACGAAGUGCUAACAUUUCCCUACGCCAGAAAGGAUGAUCUGCUGGAGUUCCAUUCGAAAUCAUAUAUCGAUUAUUUGAUAAAUGGCAGAUUCAAUAAAAUGAUGGCACAAGAUGUAAAUAAUCCCAUGGUAGAGUCCAAAUGGAGUGAGUUGAGUGAAUUGGCCGAUAAUUGGAACGAAAAAAUCGACUACAAUCCAUCGCAAGAUCUUCAGAGAUUCACCACUAGAGAGAAUCUCUAUAAUUAUUAUCUGAAUCACUCACAAGCGCUCGAAAAUAAUAUGGACUGUAUUAAUAACAGUGAGGUGCCCACCAAUGAUAAACCAACAGAUACUUAUAUUUUAAAUUCUGAAACAAAACAGUAUAAUUUAGAGGGAGAUUGCCCGAUUUUUUCAUACCUUCCUAUGUACUGUCAAGUUAUUACAGGUGCGACUUUAAACUUGUUGGAUCAUCUAUCGCCUACAGAACGUCUUAUCGGUAUAAAUUGGGAUGGUGGAAGACAUCAUGCCUUUAAACAGAGGGCAAGCGGAUUCUGCUAUAUAAAUGACGUGGUACUGUUAAUACAGAGAUUGCGCAAAGCAAAGCUAAAUAAAAUCACGUACGUUGACUUCGACUUGCAUCAUGGUGACGGUGUAGAAAAGGCUUUCCAAUAUUCUAAACAAAUACAGACAAUUUCAGUACAUCUCUACGAGCCUGGUUUUUUUCCUGGAACUGGUUCUUUAAGUGAUUCAAGAAAGGAUAAGAACGUGGUUAAUAUUCCUUUAAAGCAUGGUUGUGAUGACAACUACUUGGAAUUGAUCGCAUCCAAAAUCGUCAAUCCUCUAAUAGAAAGACACGAACCUGAGGCCUUAAUAAUUGAAUGUGGUGGUGAUGGGCUUCUGGGUGAUAGAUUCAAUGAAUGGCAGCUAACAAUACGAGGGCUUUCUCGAAUCAUCAUAAAUAUCAUGAAAAGUUAUCCUCGAGCGCACAUAUUCCUACUUGGAGGGGGUGGGUACAACGAUUUACUAAUGAGUAGAUUUUAUACGUACUUGACUUGGUGUGUUACAAAGCAGUUUUCCAACUUAAGAUGUGGUGACAAUAAUUCGUUCCAAAUCGAUCCAUUUGAUGUCUGUGAUGGUGAUGAUUCUGAACAAUUUAUACGUGAACAUGAUCUUGUUGAAAUGUAUAAUGAAGAGAACUAUCAGUAUUGGAUAUAUGAGAUGGAAGGAAGUUCUCGAAUGAAAAUGUUAAGGAAUGACAAUAAGGAUAGAGAUAUGGUCGAACUUAUGAAGUUUUACGAACUGUAA